AUGACCUCUUCGUCAACAGUUAGCAACAUAGUCCAGUUGCACGUCUUCGUCGAUGCGAGCGAGAAAGGGUACGCAGCGGUCGCCUACUUUCGAUUCGAGGAGGGAAAUGCUGUCGAAUGUGCUUUCGUAACGGCCAAAACACGCGUCGCCCCUCUGAACUAUGUGUCGAUCCCACGGCUGGAGCUUCAAGCAGCGGUGAUUGGCGCCAGGCUAGCGAAGAUGAUAGGAGAAACUCAUAGAAAUCAUAUACGCGAGCGGUUCUUCUGGUCUGAUUCUAAAGACGUGCUAUGUUGGCUACGUUCGGAUCACAGGAGAUUCGACAGAUUCGUUGGCGCUAGAGUGGGAGAAAUUCUUGGAAACACCGAAGCAUCUGAGUGGCUGUGGAUACCUACAAAGCUGAACGUAGCUGAUGAAGGUACGAAGUGGCAGAAGCUGCCUGACCUCUCUCCGUCGAGCCGAUGGUUUAUGGGGCCAGAUUUCAUGUGGCAGCAACAAAACACCUGGCCAGCGCAGCCGAAGUAUCACGAAGGAGCUGUCGCCUCAGUCAAUGCGCACGCAGUUUACGAAACCGUACUCAACUUUGCCAAAUAUUCCAACUGGCGGAAGCUUGUACGAACCACAGCGUAUAUUCUUCGGUUCGUAGGAAACUUGCGUACUAGAAUCCAAAAGCGGCCAUUAGUCACCGGUACUCUGAGGCAGCCGGAGCUGAUUGAAGCGGAACGCUGCAUCUACCGUCAAACUCAGCUGGAUGCGUAUGGCGAAGAAAUUGCAUUUCUACAAAGUAGCGAGAAGGAAAAAGAGGAGAUGACUAUACCAAAAAGUAGCUCGCUCUACAAGUUAUCGCCUUUUCUAGACGUUCACGGAGUUCUCCGCACGCAAGGAAGGACUAGCGGUUGUCAGUAUGUCGACGCUGAAGCUAUCCAUACCAUUGUGUUGCCGAGGAAGCACCCGAUUACGAUAUUGGUGGUGCAAUUCACCCAUGAGCGCUACCACCACCUCAAUCACGAAACUAUCGUUAACGAACUGCGCCAGAAGUAUUGGAUCCCACGGCUCCGUAGUGUUUGCAACAAGGUUCGUCGACAAUGUCAGCACUGCAAGAACGCUAGGGCUCAACCCCAGCCACCCGUUAUGGCCGAUCUCCCUUCAGCUCGGCUAGCUGCAUACUCUCGUCCAUUUUCUUUUGCCGGGAUCGAUUAUUUCGGACCAAUUCAAGUCGUCGUGGGAAGGCGUACCGAGAAGAGAUGGGGCGUGCUGAUCACGUGCCUGGCGGUACCCGCUAUCCACAUAAAAAUCGCACACUCACUCAAUACUAGCUCCUGCAUCAUGGCCUUGCGGAACUUCAUGGCCAGACGAGGGACCCCUUUGGAGUUGUUUAGCGACAGGGGAACGAAUUUUGUGGGCUCUAACCGCGAACUGACCGAAGCUGUUCGACACUUGGACCAGGAUCAGCUAAUGCAAGAAUUCGUUACACCGAAUACCAAGUGGACGUUCCUGCCUCCAAGCAGUCCACAUAUGGGUGGAUGCUAG